AUGAGUGUCCUGUAUGUGCUUGUCUCACACACACACUUGUUUUAUUUUCUACAGUCCUACUUUGUUACGGAUUAUGAUCCAACGAUUGAAGACUCCUACACCAAGCAAUGCGUGAUAGAUGAGAGAGCUGCGCGCUUGGACAUUCUGGAUACGGCAGGACAAGAAGAAUUUGGAGCCAUGCGUGAACAGUACAUGAGGACAGGGGAGGGUUUUCUGCUUGUUUUCUCAGUCACUGAUAGAGGAAGUUUUGAAGAAAUCUAUAAGUUUCAGCGACAAAUUCUUAGAGUGAAAGAUCGCGAUGAGUUUCCUAUGAUUCUAGUUGGUAAUAAAGCAGAUCUGGACCACCAAAGACAGGUGACACAAGAGGAAGGUCAGCAGCUAGCACGACAACUUAAAGUAACAUACAUGGAAGCCUCAGCAAAAAUCAGAUUGAAUGUAGACCAAGCUUUUCAUGAACUUGUCAGAGUUAUAAGGAAAUUUCAAGAACAAGAGUGCCCUCCUUCACCAGAGCCAACACGGAAAGAAAAAGACAAGAAAGGCUGCCAUUGUGUUAUUUUCUGAGAAUCCCAAGAACCAAGCUAUCAACUGCCAGAUCAUUUUUUUUCUUUCCAUCGUUUUACAUUACUUCUGAUAUUGGUCUAGCCUUAUAUGUGCAUGUCCUAAAAGUGGUCACCAGAAUAGCCUUAGUCCAAGAAGCUGGCAGAAUAGUUCUUGAAGAAGACUCGGUCAUCCUGGGGCAGACUUCAAAACAAAACACUAAGGCUGCUUCUUUAAUACCACAGUUCCUUCCUUCUCUCCCUUAAGAGCUUGCACCUUGUGGAGUUCUAUUCGCAAAGGAGAUGAAACAAAACCGUGUAGGACAAGGUGUUGAAGUCAUGCAUAAGUUGUCUCUUGUGAAUUAAUUUAUUUUUACUUCUGACAUUUCAUUAGCUAUUACAAAGACCUAUAUUGAAGUAUAGAGAAUACUUUUUAAAAAAGGGGUGGAUUGGCUUUUUUUGCCCUGAGUUAAAUUAGACUUGAGUAUUCAGCUAGCCUUAAGAAACCUACACUGAAUUUCAUUGUCAGCAAAAAUUUUCAUCUCUCAUUUAUGCUGCAGUUUUAUUUCAGUGGCCAAAACAGUCUACUGUAUUUAUUUUAUGAAUCCAGAACAGCUACAGGAUGAUUACUACUACUAUUAGGAUAUGGCCAAAUACCUGAGCUCAUUCUGGAUUGAGGCAUUUCAGCUUAUUAAGCAAUUUCACAUCAUUUGUUUGGAAACAAAUUGUGUCUUCCUUUGUAUUUCUGGGUAAGGGAUUAAGGAAAACUAAAAUUGUAGCUGUUUUUGUUUCAUGUGAUAUAAAAAUGAAUUUGAUCUUUCCAUUGUCAGAGAUGAUUAAAUGUUUUUGCUAUAUACUUUUAUACAUUAUUUUCUUAUCAAACUAGUUAACAAGUAUUUUUAUAUGUUUGUAAGCAAAUAUGCUUUCACAGCAUAACUUGUGUAUAUGUAAAGAUGAGUAUUUAAUUCUCACAGUUCACUUUUAACUGACAAAAUGUGGGAUUUGCCAAACUGUGGUAAACUUCUCCUUACUCCUCCGGUUGUACCCAAGAAUGGCAAAUUAUGUGCCUGCCCAACACAUGCAUAGAGUAAAAUCUAGUGUUGUGUUUUAAUGAAUUUCAGUAUCCCUUACUGACUGACCAUCAUGUGAAUUAUUAAACUGUAAGACUUUUAACUGAUUGUUUAGUUAAACUGUGGAUGGUUGUUCAAUUUUGAGUUCUGUGGAUUGUGUUUAAACAAUUCAAGAGUAUGUUCCCUGAUAUUGAAAUACUGAGUGGUAUUGCACAGUUGUCACCUUACUGAAUGUGUCCAACAGUUCUUUGAAACUUGAUUAUUAAGCAAACCCUUGUAUAACUUCAGGUGCUAGAAUUAAAGAUGAUCUAACCAU